AUGUCACAAUUGCCAUUUAUUGUUGGUGCUCCAGGUAAAGUGAUUAUUUUUGGUGAGCAUGCGGCUGUCUACGGUAAACCGGCUAUUGCUGCGGCCUUGAGUUUGAGAUGUUAUCUUUUGGUUUCCCCUUCAUCUGAUUCCAAUACCAUUAGAUUGCAAUUCCCUGAUAUCAAAUUGGAUCACUCUUGGAAUAUCAAAGAUUUGCCAUGGGAGGAGAUCAAACCAUAUUUGACUUAUGACAGUGCAAACAAACCACAAAUACCUUCAGAAUUGGUUCCUGAAAUUGUGGACAAGUUAUCAAGUUUUUUGAAUGGUUUUGAUAACAAAAUGCAUUAUUAUGCUUGCUUUUGUUUUCUUUACUUGUUGAUGAAUUUAUGUGAUUCAAAAGUGUCGGGAAUGAAUUUUAUUGUCAGAUCAACUUUACCCAUUGGUGCAGGAUUGGGAUCAUCUGCUUCUACAUCUGUAUGUUUAUCAUCAGCUUUGGCACUUAUGGGUGGUUGGAUCAACAAACCGCUGUUGCAUGAAAAUGAUAAGUUGGAUACAGCUGAUAUACCUGAUUUGGAGUUUAUUGAUAAGUGGUCUUUAAUUGGUGAGAAAUGUUUCCAUGGUAAUCCAUCAGGGAUUGAUAACGCAGUGGCUACUUUUGGAGGAGCGGUGAUGUUUCAACGAACAUCAACUCCAGAACAACCAUCAAUCCGUACAAACAUGAGAAAUUUCCCUGCAAUAAAAUUACUUUUAACGAAUACUAAAGUUCCGAAGAGUACAGCCGAUUUAGUUGCUGGUGUUGGCAGAUUAAACGCAGAAUUUAAUCUGAUUUCAACAUCGAUUUUGACAGCUAUAGAACAUUUGUCACAAGAAGCUUACAAAGUUAUGAUGAAUCCAAUGUUUGGCAGAGAAGAAACAAAUGUUUUGAGAAAGUUGGUGAAUAUUAAUCAUGGUUUAUUGGUAGCGCUAGGUGUAUCACAUCCAGCAUUGGAAACAGUAAAAAUUAUUGGUGAUAAACAUAGAAUUGGGGCGACUAAAUUGACAGGUGCUGGAGGUGGAGGUUGCGCGAUCACUCUAGUGAACGACGAUGUAGAAGAAUCUGUCAUACACAAUGCUAUCAAAGAGUUUGAAGACAGUGGAUACGAGAGUUUCGAGACUUCGUUAGGUGGUAAAGGAGUAGGUAUUUUGUUCCAUGAAGAUUUAGACGAUGCCACAAAGUUCUCAGAGUCCCAAUUUUGCAAUUACGUAGAUCGUGCCGCUAUUGAGGAUUCGUUAGGAAUGGCAAAUGUGAAAGAAUGGAAGUUUUGGUGA